AGCGUUGGUUGCCAUGGAACCGCGUGGGCAUUCAGCCGCCACUACUGGUGCUUCACCGCCCCCGAGGACCACUGAGAGCUGACUUCUGUCUCCCAGGAUGGAGGAAGACGCUGGCCUGGUCCCCUACAAGGAUGGCAUGGUGGAGGAUGAAACAGACAAGUUAGAGGAUCCAGAGUUUGAGAUGAAUUGUGGCCCUCUGGUCACGGAGAAUGCGAUUGCCCCUGAGCAACCCUGUCCCAGGAAGGAAGGAGGCACUGAUGCUAAGAAAAUGAAGCCGGAGACCUUGGCCACAGACAGGCUGCAGGCAUCUCAGCUGCACAGGAGCCUGGAGCUCCUGGACCAAGCAUUCGAGGAGAAGGAGCUGUUCCUCCAGAAGACCCGAGAGGAGCUGUGCGCCUGUCGCCAGAGGAUGGACCUCCUGAGCAAGCAGCAGGCGACUGUGGCUGAAGAGGUCACCCGGGAGAGAACAACCAGCAACAUGGCAGCGGUGGGCCGACUACAGGCCACAUCCCGACGCCUGUGCCUGGAGCUGGAGGAUGAGCGGGACCUGCAGGCACGAAUCAUGGCCGUGCUGCAGGAGAAUGAGAGCGCCAUGUGGCACCUUGAGAUCAAGAAAGGGCAGCUGGAGGACAUCCGGAAGUCCAGCUGCCAGAGGACGGAGGCCAGGGACCUCUGCCUCAGGGCACAUGUGGCCCAGCAGCUCUGCAGGGAGGAGGAGGCCUCAGGGAGGGCAGAGAGGAACCGGAGGCUGCAGAUCCGGAAGUCCUUGCACAUGCAGAGAGAGCUGGGGCUCAAGCACCAGAAACUGGUGGAAGAUGCCCAGAAGAACCACUGGGUGGCAGUGAAGUUCCUGAAGGCUUCCCUGGGCCGAGUGCGGGAGCGAGAGCGGAAGCAGGAGCUGGAGUCCCGUGAGCACCUGCAGCGGCGCAUGGAGGCCGUGCUGGCACUGAAGAACAGCAUCACCGCUAACCGGGAGACACUGAGGAAGUUUCAAGCCUGGGGCCGGGCCAGGAAGGAACAGGAGGGGCAGCAGGUCCAGGUGGAGCAGCAGGAGGUCCUGGCCCAGGGCAGGGACGCCUUCAAGCACCUUUUCCACCAGCGUCGUCGCCAGGAGCUGGAGGCGCAGAGGCGGGCGUUUGAGGAGCAGCAGCAGCUGCGGAAGCAGGAGAUAGUCAGUCGGAUCCUGCAGGAGGGCACCAAGGAGGGAAACUGCAGGAAGAGGCAGCAGCCCCCAGCCAAGGCCACCACCCCUCGGAUGCUGAGGGACCGGACCUGGAGCUACAUCACUGCCUUCUGUGAAGGGAAAGCGUACCCCACGGCCACCAGGCACUCUCCAGCCAGCGAGGCAGCGGUGCAGCCCAUGUCUCUGCUGAUGCUGACAACCUCCAGCGAAUCCAUGCAGAACGUCCCCAGGCUGGCCAGCCUGGAGGAGGAGACGCUGGCUGAGCCAGAGAUUCUCGGACUGUGGAGCGAAGAGCACAGGCAGUACCAGGUACCCAAGGAGGAUGUGGACCGGAAGCCCGUGGGUGAGACGAAGAUGGACAAGGACAUUCUGGCCCGCAUGCUGGCACGGCUGCGCAGUGGGGUGGUCCACAAACAGGUGGCGUCUGGCCGGGAAUUCAAGGGCCGCCCCUUCAACAGCAAGCCCGAGCGGAUCCACUUCAAGGACUUUGAUGUUGGCAAAGUGUACAAGAAGAAGAUAACGCUCAUCAACGCCACCUACACGAUCAACUACUGCAAGCUGGUUGGCGUGGAGCAGCACCUCCGGGACUUCAUCCGUGUGGACUUCGACCCUCCUGGGCCCUUGUCUGCUGGGAUGUCCUGUGAGGUUCUCGUCACCUUCAAGCCCAUGAUAAACCAAGAUCUGGAAGGAAGCAUCUCCUUUUUGGCUCAGACAGGCGGAUUUUCUGUCCCACUGAAAUGUUCAACAAAGAAAUGUUCUUUGUCCCUGGACAAGGAGCUCAUCAGCUUUGGCAGCUACAUGGUGGGAAAGACCACAUCACGAACCAUCACGCUGACCAAUGCCGGGGGGCUGGGCACCAGGUUCCGGUUUCUCCCGGCCUCUAAGGCCUGCAAGCUGGACGAGUCCCAGUCUGCCCUGAAGCCAAGCAGCCUGUACACCUAUGAGGACCGGAGUCUCUAUGAGGGGGCCGUGUAUGAUGUGUCCGAGACACUGUUGGAGGCCAGCACAUCCUCCCCGCUGGACACCCAGAGCCAGAAGGAGUCAGAGAAGUCCAAGGAACCAGAGGGCGUGCCUGCAGCCGGCGUCAUGGUAACCAGCCCCAGCGAGGCCCAGGCGCAGAUCACGCUGGGUGAGGUGACUGAGGGGGAAAUCGGGCCCUUCAGCUCCAUCAGAGUGCCCGUGGUCUUCACACCAGCUGUCCCCGGAGAGGUCCACGCCCAGUUCCAGGUGGAGUCCAAGAACCCACAGUGCCCAACGCCUGUAGGGCUUCCUGUUUCGUGUGCUGAGCUCAUAUGUCCACACCAGCUGUAUUUCAGAGCCACAGGCGUGGCGGUGGACGUGCCCCUGUGGGUGCCCAAGCCCAUCGUGGACCUCAAGAUCUGCAUGUAUGACCGGCUGUACCAGGACUCCGUGCUCGUGCACACACGGUCCAAGGUGGCCCUGCGCCUGCGGUUCGAGGUAUGCAAGGAGCUGAGAGGCCACCUGGAGCUGCUGCCCGAGACGGGUUACAUCCAGGCCCUGGCGUCCUGCUCCGUGCAGCUGAAGUUCCUGCCCCGACAGUCCCUCCCAGAAGAUGCCGGGGAGUACUUUGACAAGGACACCCGCGUGCUGGAGGCCCCAAUGACAAUCUGGGUGGCUGACCAGGUCAGUGUGGCCUCCUCCCAGGGCAUCGGGCUGCUCCACAAGGCCCAGAGUGCCCAGGGCUGGAUGGGUGGCGGGCGACUUAGCCGCUGCAGCCCAGAGGGAAGAAGCAAGGCCUUGGAGCCGCACAGGAGCAGUGGCGGCUUGUGCCUUCGUGGUCAGGACUGGGAGUGUGGUCUGCCUCAUGCUCAGACCAAGCCGGUGGGCUUCACGGUGCACGCCAUUGUCACCACUUCGGACCUGGAGCUCUGCCCCUCCGCGCUGGACUUUGGCUACUGCACCAUCUACGAGGCCAUCAGGGCCAGCAUCAGCCUCUGCAACCACUCGCUGCUGCCCCAGGAGUUCGGAUUUGUGGGGCUCCCCAAGUUUGUAGACAUCCAGCCCAAUGACGGCUUCGGCACGAUCCUGCCGCUGGAGACGCUGCAGCUCCAGGUGCUCUUCCAGCCCACCAAGGCCAGAGAGUAUAGCUUCGAACUGGUCUGCAAGUCCAAGAUAAACCGGUGCUUCAAGCUGUCCUGCCAUGCUGUGGGUGUGCACCCACCCCUGGAGCUGUCCCACUACCAGAUCAAGUUUGCGGCUACCGCACUGUACGACACUUCGGUGGCCUUGCUGUACGUCACCAACUCCCACCUGACCAUGAGCCCACUGCCCCGUGUGGUUCCCUCAGGGGGCCCCUGCCCAGGAGGACCAACGUCUUUCGAGUUCCUGCCACCCAAGGAUGCGCCCAUCACCAUCUCCCCCCUGGUGGGAACCGUGCUGCCUGGAAAGAGGUGCCUGGUCCGGGUGGCCUUUCAGCCCACACUGCCCCACAAGCUUGUCAGCCAGGAAGCUCUCCAGACCCUGAGCAAGGAAAGCGAGGCCAAGCCGCUCCAGAAGGAUGUAGCCACCCAGAGGAAGGAUGUGAGAGUGCAGGACCAGCUGGGCCAGGCCCCCACCCUACAGAAGCAGGAGCUGGAGGCCAGAGCUGAUGAGUACCAGGCCGCCCAGGCCACUCUGGCCAGAACCUUCCAGGGUCGGUUUGACAAAUUCAUGGUCCCCUGCGCUGUUGCCAGCGGUGACGUCAAAGACAAGAGGGAACUGGAACCCCUGAGCUUCAGCCCGCACAACAUGCUGUACCUGGAGCUGUGGUGUCCUGCAGUGGCUCCAGCUGUCGUGGUGACCUCAGACAGAGGCAAAACUGUCAUCGACUUCGGCCACAUUGCUGUGGGGCAUCACAGCAUCAAGAAGGUCUCCCUCCAGAACAUCUGCCUGGAGGACUUGGCCGUGGACUUCUCUGUACUGAACCCCCAAGGCCCCUUCUUCCUGGUGAACACCCCCAGCAGGCUGCGCGCUGGUGAGACCCGGGUCCUGGCACUGUCCUUCUCACCCCACGAGAGUGUCCUGGCUCAGGAAAGGCUGGAGGUCGUCACCAAGAGAGGUGCGCUCCCCCUCACCCUGCUGGGCACCGGCGUGGCAUCCCUGAUCACGUGCUCCCUUGAUGGCGAUGUCCUGGACAUGGGCUACGUGCUCGCCAGAGAGUCCAUCUCCAUGGGCUUCAAGCUGCAGAACGACUCCUUGCUGCCCAUCAAGUUCUCCGUGCAGCUGGACAGCCUCUCAGGCUCCAGGGCCCCCACCCAGAAGGAGCUGCCACAGUUCCUCACCACUCAGCCCCAGAGGACAGACAUCGUGGGCACACAGAACCACAGCGGCCAGAGCGUGUUCAGCGUGACCCCGGUCACCGGCAUCAUGGACCCUGGGAGAGCGCAGGACUUCACCGUGACCUUCAGCCCCGACCACGAGAGUCUGUACUUCUCCGACCGGCUCCAGGUGGUGCUCUUUGAAAAGAAAGUCUCUCACCAGAUCCAGCUGAAGGGCGCCGCCCGCGAACACAUGAUGUUCGUGGAGGGCGGGGACCCCCUGGAUGUGCCCGUGGAGUCCCUGACCAUGAUCCCAGCCUCUGACACUGAGCACAGAGAAGAGGCUGAGGAGCUAAAGCCUGUCCUGCUGACCCUGAACUACAUCCAGCUCAACACAGACCAGCCAGCCCCACCUGCUGCCAGGGAGCUGCGGGUGGGCUGCAUCCGGACCACACAACCGUCUCUAAAGAAGACUGUGGAGUUUGGCCUGGACGGCAUCGCAUGGCUGCAACACAAAGGUUUCUCCAUCGAGCCAUCCAGGGGCUCCGUGGACCGAGGCCAGACCAAGACCAUCAGUGUCUCCUGGGCACCACCUGCUGACUUUGAUCCAGACCAGCCGCUCAUGGUGUCCACCCUACUGCAGCUCAGGGGGGACGUGAAGGAGAGCUACAAAGUCAUCUUUGUAGCCCACGUGGUGACAGCCCUCUAGGGCCACAGAAGCCUCUCCCAGCCUGAGACCCUCCUCCCACAGCAGAUGUCCUCCCCAGCCAGGCCAGGCCAACUUGACAAGACCCAGGCUCCCAGUCCCACAAACAUGGCCACUUCCAGCCAGCCCAGAGCCCAAGAGCAUCCCUUCCCUGAACCCAGUCCAGUUUAUGGCUGGUUCCUACUCAGAAAAGCCCCAGUCCCAGGACCCAGUGAACUUGAGGGGCCUCAAGCAAGCUGCCCCAUGGACCUUUAAUAAAUGCUCUGUGAGCCAAUAUGUACAGCGUGCAGUGUGGAUGGC